AUGGCAGCCAUUAGAAAGAAGCUUGUGAUUGUUGGUGAUGGUGCUUGUGGUAAAACAUGUCUGCUUAUAGUGUUCAGCAAAGACCAGUUUCCUGAAGUUUACGUGCCCACAGUGUUUGAGAAUUACGUUGCAGAUAUUGAAGUUGACGGCAAACAGGUGGAACUGGCCCUGUGGGAUACAGCAGGGCAGGAGGACUACGACAGACUUCGACCACUGUCCUACCCUGACACCGAUGUCAUCCUCAUGUGCUUCUCCAUAGACAGUCCUGACAGUUUGGAGAACAUUCCCGAAAAGUGGACUCCAGAAGUUCGACAUUUCUGCCCAAAUGUUCCCAUCAUUCUUGUGGGCAAUAAAAAAGAUCUACGUCACGACCAAGUGACCAUUCGGGAGCUGCACAAGAUGAAACAGGAGCCGGUAAAGUUUGAAGAAGGCAAAGGAAUGGCGGAAAAGAUUGGCGCGUACGCUUACCUGGAAUGUUCUGCUAAGACCAAAGACGGAGUUCGAGAUGUCUUUGAGACAGCAACUAGGGCGGCGCUAUCAAUUAAGAAAAAAGCUCGUAGAAUUAAAUGUUCUUUGCUCUGA